CAACCACCUUUCUCAAGACACCAUCUCUUCUUUCAAUUGAAUAUUCUAUAACAGCCGCAGCGCUCGCGAUUUGCACUCGUGUAAUCCUUAAUCCCUCCUUCAGCAGUGUGUAUAAUUGGAAACUUGCCUUGGCCCGAGUCCAGACGAAAUGUAUCAAUCCAAAUGGGCACCCAAGCCCGAGGAAGAGGAAAAAUCCUCCUCCCUCUCCGCAGUAGCCGCACCCUUCUCCCCUGCCGCGCCGCCGCCAGACGUCUCCAGCAACGACUAUUUCGCCCAAACUGGGCCCUCCGACAAUGACCUUUUCGACGAAGCCACACCCGUCGAUAAUUCGAUGCGAGUGCGCUCUGAAGACGACUUAUUCAGCGACGAGUUUACGCCUGCUCAAGAACCUGUGGUAGAGCAGCAUAUCCCGCAAAGAGGGCGAGGCAGAGGAGAUGGGCCUCGAGGACGAGGACGGGGGAGAGGAGGCCGAGCAGGCGUGCAGACGCAGCCUCGAGAUAACACUACCACACCUUCAUCCAAUGUACAGCCUACACCUACCGAAGAACAACCUCAAGCACCCCAACCAGACCCCCCCGAAAACGCCCCCAAAGGCCCCCGAAAAGACACACUCCCCACCACCACCACCACCACCACCACAAGCACAACCACCACCCCCUCCGUCCGCGGCAACCGCCAAGCAACAGGCGGCACCCCGAAACCCAAACUAACAGAAGCCGAGCUCGAGGAGAAAAUGGCGCGCAUCCAAAUCAAAAACGCCUCCCUCACAGCCGCACACGCGCGCGCAGAAGCAGACGCCGCGUCGUUCGCGCAGCGCGAAGAGCAAGCCAAGACGGUGAGCGUGCAGCGGCAGCGGGAGGAGCGGAGGGAUCGGCAGCAGAUGAUGGGCGAGCGGGAGAAGAAUCGGAUGCGCAAGUUGAAGGCUAUGGAGGGGAGGGAGUGGGAUGCGGAGAAGAAUGAGGAGGAUUUUGUAAGGGGUGGGCGGUUUGAUAAGAAGGGGGGUGGGUUUGCGGGGGAGCAGAGUGGGGAGGGGCAUUCGGAUGGGAGGGAGUAUAUGUAUCGGGAGCCGAGAGGGGGACGGGGGGGUGGAAGGGGCGGUGGGCAGAGGAGAGAGCAGCCAAAGGCGCCGCCGAGACCGGACGAGUUUCCUGCUCUGCCGAACGCGAAGCCUGCUGUUGUUCCUACGGUGCCGGGAGGCGUGGAUCGAGACGCCGUGCGUUCUUGGGCGGAUCAGGUGGAAUCUUCGACGAGUACGUGA